AUGGAUAAAGAUGAGGAACCAGCUGAUGAUAUUGUCCAUAUCUCUACAUCUACGGAUCGUACAGAAAAAAAUGUUGACGUAGAUAUUGAUGUAAAUGCUUUUUUGGUGGACGAAACGUCAUCCGAUGAUUCAGAUGAAAUUGCAGUGUUUGAUAGUCGAGAUUUGAGCCUUUUAAGUAAUGAAAGAAAAACAUUAUGCGAGGAGAGGAUAUGUAAUUUAUAUAAAACGUUUCGCUACAAUGGGCCCGAAUAUAAAACACGGAGAACUGUUUACGGAUUUGCAACAUUAGACACUAAUUUCUUUGAUCAUAUUCAAGAAAAAAUCACUCUUGAUUUCGAUGAAAAAAAGAUUUACGAAGCUGUCACUGUAUUUCAUAUUGAUAAAAUGGGAAUAAAAAAAGGUGCGGCUAAAAUGGAGAUAUCAGUAUUUGACUUUAUUGUCCUUUUAAUGGAUCAUGUCUGGAAAGAACGCGAUAAAACAAUCGAUAAUUACAGUAUAUCUCAAGUUGCCGGUUAUCUUGGCGUGGAUCGAGCUCACAUGCUUAUUCUUGGAAAUUUGAUAAACAGUAAUGUUGCCUUAGCUCCUUCAGAAAUAGCGACUAAAACUCUUUCUGAGCCGAUCGAACUAAUUGUGAUGUUAACAAUGUUAUUAGCGCAAAUGUAUGGUUGGUCUGUUGCUAAGGAUUUCAAUCAGAAAUGGAAAAAUAUUGAAACAUCUUAUAUACCAUCGGAUGAAGAAGCCAUGCAAUCUAUGGAUGAUUUUGUAACCAUCGCACGCGAAGUAUUAGAAGAUUUCAAAAAUGAUCGAUCAUCUCCUCUCUGGUCGGAUAAAUUCUGA